UUCCGCGCGCUCGCGAAACGGGCGAACCUGAUUCCGGUCCGGCGGGAAAUCCUCGCCGACUGCGACACCCCGGUGUCCACCUUCCUCCGGGUAGGGAACCGCGGCCCGGCGUUCCUGAUGGAAUCGGUCGAAGGCGGCGAGAGCGUCGCCCGCUAUUCGUUUCUGGGAUCGAGGCCGCGAGUCAUUGUCGAGAGCCGGGGAAACGAGGUCAAGCGCCGCUAUCUGCGCGACGGCCGGACCGAAACCACCGAGAGCGCGGAUCCCCUGUCGGCGCUCCGGGACGUACUUCAGGACGUGGUCCCCGCGAACAUCGAGGGUCUGCCCCCCUUCCACGGCGGUUUCGUCGGCUAUCUGGCCUACGACGCGGUACGUCGCUUCGAGCGUCUCCCGGAAAGCGUCGAGGACUCGCUGGGUCUUCCCGAUGCGAUGUUCCUGCUGGCCGACAGCGUGUUGGUCUUCGACCGCGCCCGCAACGUGAUCCAGGUGGUGGUAAACGCCAGCGUUCCCGACGCGAGCCUGGCCGACCAGGCCUACGACGCCGCCGAGGCACAGAUCGAGGCAACCGUCAGCGAAAUCCGCGCGCCGCUCCCCUACCGACUGGGCCUUCCGGGGGGCGGUUCGGGAGGCCGGCCGUUUCCCGAGCCGGUGUCCAAUACCAGCCGGGAGCGGUAUCUCGAGAUGGUGCGCCAGGCCAAGGACUACGUGGCCGCCGGGGACAUCAUCCAGGUCGUCCCUUCCCAACGCUUCGAGACGCCGCUCACCGUCCACCCCUUCGACUUCUACCGGGCGCUCCGGGUGGUGAACCCGUCGCCUUACAUGUAUUACCUCGACUUUGACGGGCUGGUGAUCGCGGGAGCGUCCCCGGAAAUGAUGACCCGUACCGAGGGCGGCACGAUCGAGACCCGCCCGAUCGCCGGCACCCGGCCUCGCGGGCGCACUCCCGAAGAAGAUGUAGCCCUGGCCGCUGAACUCCUCGCCGACGAGAAGGAACGCGCGGAGCACGUGAUGCUCGUGGAUCUGGCCCGAAACGAUAUCGGCCGGGUCGCCAGCUACGGCCGGGUCCAGGUCGAGGACUUCAUGAGCAUCGAGCGGUACUCGCACGUGAUGCACAUCGUGUCCCGGGUGCGGGGAGAACUCCGCCCCGACACGGACGCGUUCGAUGCCCUCCGCGCGACCUUCCCCGCCGGAACGCUGUCCGGCGCCCCCAAGAUCCGCGCGAUGGAGAUCAUCGAUGAACUGGAAACCGAGCGCCGGGGGGUCUAUGGAGGCGCGGUCGGCUACUUCUCCUACAGCGGCGCCUCCGACACUGCCAUCGCGAUCCGGACGCUCGUGGCCAAGGACGGCGUCGGCUAUUUCCAGGCUGGGGGCGGCGUGGUAGCGGAGUCCGAUCCGGCCUCCGAAUACGACGAAAGCUGCCGGAAAGCGGAUUGCGGUGCUCGCCGCCCUCCGCAUGGCCCACCAAGGCCUCGACUAGCACCCCAUGCGGAACCCCUCCCCACACCCCACCCCCGCGGCGCUGCGCGCCGCGAACGGACGCAGGACGAUUUCCGCCACCGCCGUUAG